AAAGAAAAGCUGCCACUUUGCACAUUCCAAUUCCAUUUCGGGCACUAUCCCAUUCGCAGCUCUUCAAAUUUCAAAUCCAAACUCGGCAGUUGGCACCUCAUUUUUGUUUUUUGUCAAAAUUUGCAGUAAAACCCAAAUUUUUUAUGCUUGCAUACAGCUUCAUAUGAGCAACCUCGUUUCUUGAGCUUCAUUUCGAGCUCAGAAUUGUUCUGGGUUUUAGUUCUUAGAGCUUGAAAGGCAAAAUGUUGGUAUCGAAUUGGCUCUGAAACACAGAACCAGAGUGGCCUUCUUAUGUACAUUUGAAAUUAUUUUCUACAAUGAGAGAAGAAAACCCUUUUGAAUCCAAAUCUAGAGCAUCUAAAUUUGCCGAUCAAAAUCAAGCACCAAAGCCACAGAACAACAAAGGAAAUAGCAACAAUGGUUCGAAGCUCCGGUCCUCGUGGGGUUCACACAUUGUUAAAGGGUUCACAGCAGAUAAGAAAACUAAGGCACAGACGACAGCAGUCACGAGCAAGAAACUUCCACUAGCAAAUUCAGAUACUGCGAGCCAAAAGAACCCUAUUGUGACUUCUCAUUCACGCGUCAAAAGAUCACUCAUUGGUGAUCUUUCUUGCUCAGUAACAGCCACCCAAGUCCACCCACAUGCAUACCAGGCUAAUCACCGGAGACAGUCUUCAGGGUCCCGUGAUUUGUUUCUGGAAUUAGAUCAUCUAAGAAGCUUGCUUCAAGAAUCAAAAGAAAGGGAAUUCAAGCUCCAAGCUGAGGUAUCAGAGCUCAAAAGGAAUGGAAUAUUAUUGGAUCUUGAAAGGGAGCUUGAAACAAAGAAAAAUGAGGUUGAUGAGCUUUCCCAAAGAAUUGGGCUUUUGGAGUCUGAGAAAAGUGUCCUUUGUGAACAAGUGGCUGAGAUGUGUUUGAUUUCAGAGAAGAAGCAUGAAGAUAUAUUGAAAAAAGAAGGCAAUGAGAGUUCAGUGGGGAAUUUAGAAAUGGAAGUUGUGGAGUUAAGGAGGUUGAACAAGGAACUGCAGAUGGAGAAGAGGAAUCUUUCUUGCAAACUAUCUUCCAUGGAGAAUCAAUUGACUUCUCUUGCCAAGGCUUCUGAGAGUGAAAUAGUAGCGAAAAUUAAAGCUGAGGCAUCUUCGCUAAGGCUGACAAAUGAAGAUUUGUGUAAACAAGUUGAGGGUCUGCAGAUGAGCAGGUUAAAUGAGGUUGAGGAGCUUGCCUACCUGAGGUGGGUUAAUUCCUGUUUGAGAGAUGAGUUGCGCAAUUCAUGCACAACAAACUUUGAUAAGGCCCCAGGCCUGAACUCAGAAGAGAAAAGAAAUGAAUCUGUUGGCUCACUCUCUUGGCGGAGCAAUGAUUGCUUAGAAUACAGUAGUGCAAAGAGAUUAAAUUUGAUUAACAAGUUGAAGAAAUGGCCUAUUCCUGAUGAGGAUUUGUCAAACUUGGAAUGCCCUGAUAAAAAUUGGGUCCAUUCAGAGGAAGGAAGAAGCCCAAGAAGACGACACUCUAUAAGUGGAUCAAAGUACAGUGUAGAAGAGUGGGUAUCAAGUAGGAGAAGGCAAUCUGAUGGUUUUCUGUGUGGUAAAGAAGUAGAAAAGGAAUCUGAGGCAGUAACUUCCCAGAAGUAUGUUUUGGGCAUGGAUCAAAGACCUCAAAUCUUUGAAAAUUGCCUAGAGAAUAAUAAGAUGGUGUCAUCAUUAGAUGUUGAGAAAAGGGCUUUGCGCGUUCCAAAUCCUCCUCCAAGACCCUCAUAUUCUGUUUCCAGUGUACCUAAAGAAGAAGGUUCAGGUCAAGUUCUACAUCCACCACCACCUCCACCUCCGCCUCCCCCACCACCUCCACCAAAGUUCUCAGUGAGUAGUACUAUAGCAGGAGUGGUGCAGCGGGCACCUCAAGUUGUUGAAUUUUACCAUUCACUAAUGAAGAGGGACUCCAGAAAGGAAUCUUCAAAUGGAGGAAUCUGUGAUGCCACAGAUGUUGCAAAUGUACGUAGCAGCAUGAUUGGUGAAAUUGAAAAUCGAUCGUCACAUUUGCUUGCUAUCAAAGCAGAUGUUGAGACUCAAGGAGAAUUCGUCAAUUCACUGAUAAGAGAGGUCAAUAAUGCGGUUUACCAGAACAUUGAAGAUGUUGUGGCAUUUGUGAAGUGGCUUGAUGAUGAACUUGGCUUUCUGGUGGAUGAAAGGGCAGUCCUGAAGCACUUCGAUUGGCCAGAAAAGAAAGCUGAUACAUUGAGAGAAGCAGCAUUUGGCUAUAGAGAUUUGAAGAAGUUGGAAUCGGAAGUGUCUUAUUACAAGGAUGAUCCUCGAAUGCCUUGUGACAUUGCAUUAAAGAAAAUGGUCACUUUAUCUGAGAAAAUGGAACGUACUGUUUACAACCUUCUAAGAACAAGAGAAUCCUUGAUGCGUAAUUGCAAAGAUUUCCAAAUUCCAACAGAUUGGAUGGUGGAUAAUGGCAUUAUUAGCAAGAUAAAAUUUGGCUCAGUGAAGUUGGCAAAGAAGUACAUGAAGAGGGUAGCAAUAGAAAUUCAGUCAAAAGCAGCACUAGAAAAGGACCCUGCACUAGACUAUAUGCUACUCCAAGGAGUUAGGUUUGCUUUCAGAAUUCAUCAGUUUGCUGGAGGUUUUGAUGCAGAAACAAUGCAUGCAUUUGAGGAACUUCGAAACCUUGCUCAUCUUCUCAACAAAAAGUAAAGAGCUAUUUGAGCUUACCAACUCAGUAAGCAAACCUUUCGUACUUUGAAAACAUCGGGGUAUUGGGCAGUGUGUUUUGGUGUGUAUUGCCUGAAAAUUGAAAGUUUGUUGUGUGACAUAGGAAGCAAUUUUGUCUGAGAUUUUCGCUCACUUCUUACUCGGUUCAUAUAGAAGUGGUUACCCCCUUUGCAAACAACACUUCAUGAAGCCAAAAACAUGUGUGGAGAUAUCUGCUUGGGCUCGUAUAGUUAGAAUCUAGGGAAAUUAUUGCUUAGACUCUAUUCAUCUCGAUCGCGGGCUCGUAUGCACGAUCAAACCUAUAUGUAAAAUAAUUGUGUUUUAAAUUUAUAAUGGACUGAAUAUAGAUAAAUUUUUUUAUUU